AUUUUUCUCUUAUUAUAAUGUAUUGUAUAUCCUCGUAUUUGAUUAUAAUAAUGAAUAGCUUUUCAGCCUAAUGAUUAGUAACGGUUUUUAUUUUGUGUCCUAUUUUAAUUUUUAACUACUUUCUUAUAAAUUGAAUCAAUAUUUUAAUUGUUGUUGUGCUAGUGCUAAUAAAUAGAGACAAGUGAGUUGAUUAAACUCCGUUUCGUAUGCAAUUUUCAAGAAUGAAGAGUCAAAUAAAUAAAAAAAGAAAAAAAAAACAAAUCAUAUUUUACAAAGAACAAAAUUUCUGCUUCGCCAUAUUAAAGUUUACAAUGUUUCGGGGUUUACAAUUGUGUAUACUUUUCAUUUUGGGUAAAUAGCUAUAAAACUGAGAAUUAAAAGGAUUCAUUUGACCAUGACAAGGACAUUGUUUUUAUCUACUUCAAUUUUUUUCUGUUCUCUGGCAUUUUCAUUAAGCCAUGCCUACAGAAAUAUAAAUAGCAAUGCAGAUGAUACCAGUUCUUCCUUGCAGAUUCAACCAAUGGUGAGUGCUACUUUUCACUAUUGGCAUGACAUUUUGAUAGAUUUAUAUUAAAUUGCCCACUACAUUUAAAAAAAAAAAAUCAACAAAAUAAUGGAUUCUCCGAGUUUUUCAGCCUUUCUGAAUAAUGUCUCAAAUUUAAAUGAAGAUUUUUCUUUUGUUACUUCGACUCCUGUUGCAAAAAAGAGACUAAAGAGAACUUAUGAUGACUUAGAACAGCUUAAUCCCUGCAAUAUAACUUGUGAGUUCAUGGAUGGUGGAGAUUUUUCUGAAUAUUUGAAACCACUGGAUGAAUCAAGUGAAAAAGUGGAAGAAAAUAAAGAGGUAGAACCCAUCAAUGUUAUACAAAAUAGUUCCUGUCCAUUGUUUCCUGAUGAUUCAUUGACACUAAAAGAAAAAGAGGAUCUGAACAAUUCAAAUACAUUUUUUCUUUCACAGUCUAAAUUUCCAAAAGGACUCCCACAGACUUCAGUUCUCUCUAGUUCUAGAAAUUACCCUACUUCUAGUGAAAGUAUAUCUUCUCGUAUUAUUCAGAAAUUAAAACACAAUGUUUCUUCUAGUCCUAAGUCACCAUUUUCAAGACAAUUAAAACGAACUAGUCUUUUAUUUGCUUUAAAUGAAGCUCAAAAGUUACAUGAACAGCUUUCACAGACAUCUGUUGGACCCUUUUUUGGUUUGCCAUCGAAAAUGAUAUCUCUACUAAAGUCUCACAAAGGUAUUGAAGAAUUGUAUACUUGGCAAAAUGAAUGUUUGAUGUUGCCAGCUGUAAAACAGAAAAGAAAUCUUAUUUAUUCUUUACCUACUAGUGGAGGUAAAACUUUAGUUGCUGAAAUUCUUAUUAUUAGAGAAUUAUUAUGCUACUUCAAAGAUGCUAUUUUAGUUUUGCCUUAUAUAUCACUAGUUCAAGAGAAAGUUCGUGGCUUAGCACCAUUUGCAGUAGAUUUGGAUUUUGUGAUUGAAGAAUGUGCUGGUAUUAAAGGGACUAUUCCACCUCGAAGACGCCGAAAAAGACACACUCUGUAUAUUUGCACAAUAGAGAAAGCUCAUUCCCUUGUUAACUCAAUGAUUGAGGACAAGCGAAUGGGUGAAAUUGGUCUUGUAGUUGUUGAUGAGCUUCAUAUGAUUGGAGAGAAAGGUGGUCGAGGAGCUGUGCUCGAAAGUUUGUUAACUAAAGUUCUUUUCACUUCUAAGACUACACAAAUAAUUGGAAUGAGCGCUACGCUCAGCAACAUGUCCGAUCUCCAAUCUUUCCUCAAUGCUGAUAUUUAUGAAAAAGAUUUUAGACCUAUUGAAUUGAAGGAAUUUGUCAAAAUUGGCAAUGAACUGUAUGAAAUGGUUGACAAACGAGCUGAGGAAUGGCGCCUGGCUCGUACAUUAGAUUUUGGAUAUUCAAAGGAAAUGUUGUGCCGUGAUCCAGAUAUGGUAACUGGUUUAAUAAUGGAAGUUAUACCAAAAAAUUCCUGUUUGGUAUUUUGCCCCACAAAAAAACAUUGUGAAAAUGUAGCUAGGACCAUUUGUCAACUAAUGCCGGAUCACAUGACUGAUCACAAAAAAGAAGAGAGGGAAGCUCUAAUAAAAACAUUGAUUGAAGAUGGCAAUGGAAAUAUUUGUGAUAUCUUAAAACUAUGUUUAAAAUAUGGGGUUGCUUAUCAUCACAGUGGACUUACAAUGGAUGAACGUAAAUUAAUUGAAGAAUCUUAUCUUAAUGGAACACUUUGCUGUUUAACUUGCACUUCAACAUUAGCUGCUGGUGUGAAUUUACCUGCUAAAAGAGUUAUUCUUCGAGCUCCUUAUGUGGGUUCUGAGUUUAUCACUUAUAGUCGGUAUAAACAAAUGAUAGGCAGAGCUGGAAGGGCAGGAAUUGAUAGUUCAGGUGAAAGUAUAUUAAUUAUUAAACCUUGUGAUAAGCUGAAUGUUGGUAAACUUCUAACAUCUGAUAUGGAUCUGUGUCAAAGUAAUUACAUUACUGAACCUCAACUUUUAGACAUACUUCUAUUGAGUUUAGUAGGUUUAAAUAUUGCCACAACUGUAAAAGAAGUUUAUUCUUUUAUGGGUCAUACCUUAGCAUCAAUUCAAAACAAAAAAGUUGGCUGUACCCCUAGUACAAUUUUUGAAGAGAACAUGCAAAACUUAUGUGAACAUGGGAUGUUGCUAUGUAAGGAGGAUAAUGCAGGGGAGAAAAAAUUUUGUAUUACUGAUUUGGGGAAAGCUUCUUUUCGUGGAGGUGUGAAUGUUUCAACAAUGGAAGAGUUUGUAAAGAGACUGCGUGGGGGAUUAAAUGGUUUGGCUUUGCAUUCCCAUUUGCAUUUAUUAUAUCUUGUGACGCCUGCAGAAUACUCAUCAUCAAUAACCUUUGCCCCUGAUAUAUUUUUUCAAAAGUAUUCUAAAUUAAGUGCUGUAGAUAUUGUUGCUGCUGAACAAAUUGGCAUAACAGAACGGAUGGUUAUGCUUAUGGCUAGUGGACGCUCAUUAGGCAAAAAACAAACUGUUAUGCAUCAUUUUUAUAUUACUUUAAUCUUGUAUGAUUUGUGGAAUCAAGAGACUAUAUGGUCAGUGUCCCAAAAAUACCAGGUGCAUCGUGGUGUUAUUCAAAAUUUGCUCAAUAGCACUACUGCCUUAGCUGGUACAUUGAGUAAUUUUUGUAAAGAGCUUAAAGAAUUUUGGGCUUACCAACAAUUGUUGCCAGAUUUUGUUAAAAUGUUAUCUUACUGUGUCACAAUGGAGUUGAUACCUCUCAUGGAGCUGCCGGCUGUCAAGCGUGGAAGAGCUAAGCAACUGUAUGUGGCUGGUUUUAAAACGCUGGCAGAUGUGGCUAGAGCUCAUCCUAGAGACUUAGUUGACAAAUUGAUGCACAUGAAUUAUAAAACUGCUAAUCAAAUUAUUUCUGCUGCCAAAAUGAUUAUUAUGGAGAAAGCUGAAGCUUUGCAAGAAGAGGCUGAGAACCUAAUGGAAGAGUUUGAUAAAAACUUCUCAUUACUAACAGAAGUUAGUUAGGUGCCAUAACACAUAUAUUUUGUUAUUUUUUGAAAAUCCAUUUAAUGAAACUUUGUUAUCUGAGUUAUAAGAGAAUUCAUAUUUUUCAUGAAAUCUUCUGCUACUAAUCAUAAACAAGUUAAAGUUUUUUGCAUAUUGUAUCUAGAAUUCAUUCCAAAGAUUUAUGUGCUAUGAUUAAGGCCAUCACUUUUAUAAUUAGGAUGGAAAUUGUAUCUGCUGCUAAAAUAAUUAUUGUGAAGAAAAGAAAAGCUUAAACAGUAAAAGAAAAAUUCACUAAAGCUUACUAUCAAAACUUAGCAACAAAAAAAGCAGUGCUUUAUUUUGUUUUAUACUUAAAUGUUUUGAAUUCGUUUGAUAAAGUAUUUUUCCAAGAAAAUUUGUUAUGUUUCAAAAUUUUCAUUUUAUUUUCAAAAUUAUAUGUUGAUUAGGUUUAUAAUCUACAAAAAUGUAGCUCUUUAUUUUAAAUCUUCUUUGCCAGUUCCUUACUUCACUAUUAAUGAAAAGUUUAGAAUUGCAAACGUUACUAAUAACUUGGAGAAACAAUAUUUUAUUGGUUAUCAGAAAAAUUAUUUUAAGCUUUAGAAAAGCUAUAAUUUUGAAAAUAGAAUGUUACUUAUUUUGAGUUAGAAAAUGGUUGUUAGUUCCAUGUUGUUUGAGUUAUGUAUAUAAAAUUUCUGAUUUUGAGGAAAUAUAAUUGUUUAUAGUUUUAUUUUGCAAGUAAAAACUAAUGUGACAAAAAAAAAUUUAAAAUUAAAAAAAAAAGUUCAUAUUUGAUAUGAUAUUGUAGUUAUUCACUUUGUCUUCCUCCGCAGAAGUUCAAUUUUAAAGAUUAAGUUAUGAUUUUUAUUUCAGUUAGCAGUUUAAGCAUUCCUUUAUUACUAUAGCAAUGGAUAACAUUGCUCAUUUUGUUGAAUUAUUGUAUAAGGGAAGUCUCCAUUUUUUGCAUGUAACAAAAUUAUUAAUAGGUUAAGAUUUAUAUUUUUCAUUUCAAAAAAUAUAUUUAAUUUAUUAUAGAACAUAUUGUUGUAAAAUUUGAUUUGUUUAGUUCUUAUUUGGCUCUGAAAUUUUUUUUUGUAAUUGAGGUUUCUUAUAAAAAUAAAAGUGAGAAGAAAGAUGCCAUGGCAAGCCAAUUAUUACAUCCGAGAUGCUCACCCAUUUUUAGAUAGCUGCCACAAUAUAUUAAAAAUUACAAAAUUGAGAGUCAAUUUUAACAAAAAUCUAUAAUCAUACAUCUGAAGGAUGAAUUUUAUUUUUAUUUGAAAAUACUAUGGCUAUAACGUAAUUUUUUUAAAAUUAAAUAAAUAAUAAAAUAAAAAUUAAAAUAAUGUAAUAAAAAUAAUUUGAUGUAAUCAAAUUAUAACAAUGAAUAUUAAGAGUAUUAAGUCAACUAUGACAAAAAUCAAUAAUCAUACAUCUGACAGAUGAAUUUCAUUUUUAUUUGAAAAUACUAUGGCUAUAACGUAAUUUUUUUAAAAUUAAAUAAAUAAUAAAAUAAAAAUUAAAAUAAUGUAAUAAAAAUAAUUUAAUGUAAUCAAAUUAUAACAAUGAAUAUUAAGACUACUGAGUCAACUAUAACAAAAAUCAAUAAUCAUACAUAUGAAGGAUGAAUUUCAUUUUUAUUUGAAAGUACUAUGUCUGAAAUGUAAUUCUUUUUACUCAAGUAUAUUUAAUAAAAAUUAUAAAAAUGUAAUAAAAAUUAUUCUAUGUAAACAAAUUAUAACAAUGAAUAUAUCGGUAUACAGGAGGGGGGAAUGGGAAAUAAGAAUUUUCACUAAUUCUAACUUGUUCACUAAUUUGCCACAGAGCACAAUAGAUUUCCUUUUUUUUUUUUUUUUUUUUUUUUUUUUAAGNUUUUUUUUUUUUUUUUUUUCUUUACUUAUUCUCACAUAUUUACAUCUAGUAAUGUAGGACAAUUAAGGGGUCACUUUUGAUCCAUGAGUUGUAACUCAUGCAUUAUUAUACUACAGUAACAGAAAACAACCAGGGGUUUGUCUAGAUUUUUCUGAGAGGUACCUAUUUUGUGAAAAUUUAGACAUAAUUUGUGAAAAAUUAAAAUUUAUAGUAAAAAAUCAACACAAAAAAUGUAGUAAAAGUAUGGAUUUGUCAUUUCUUACGGGAUGCAAAAAUAAAAAUUUAAGAAAAAGUAUUUUGUGAAAUUUUCCUAAAGUUGAAUUUGAGAAGGUACCGCUAAACGGUAGUAAAUUUGGUCUGGACGGACACCUGACAACAGAUUAUAUUAUGAAUUAUAUUUUAAUGAAGAAAAACCAAGAAAAAUGUAUACUUAAAAAAAGAAGAAAUAAAUUACUUAACUAUAACUUAUUCGUUAAAUUGAAUUUUGGACUGUUUAAAUACUAGGAAUGGUUUACUCAUUUUUCAUUAUAGAAUGUAUUUGUUAAAGACUAGAAUUUCAAUUUCUCAAAAGAAAUUUAUUGACUGUAUUGUUCUGUAAUAUCUGUCAUUCAUAUAAUUUUCUGGUGUUAUGUUUGUUUAUCUUUUAUGUUAAAAUAUAUCUAAAUCAAUAUUGUUUUUACAAAUUAAAAAAUAAAAAAAGAAUGAUGAA